UCUCUGGGAGUUUGGGAUUGGUCUCCGCUGCCAGCGGGAACAGAUUGGUCUCCGACGCUGCAGGUGGCACCCACCCAGACCCUAGGUCGGCAGGUGGAGGAGGACGGACGGAGUAGGGGUGCGGGCCCAGCCUCUGCAGUUCAGCCCCGCCGACGGUUCCUGGCUCGCCCGUGAACCCCCGGCCCAGCGUGUCUCAGGGCAUGAGGAAUACCAGCAAGGAGCUGCAUGGGGCCGCGAGCCGCUACGCGCCCUGCGGAACUGGCUCACACAGUUGUGGAGCAGGCCAAGAAGGAGCUGAUGCUACAGUCCUGGGUUGGAAGGCCAUCUGGGGGCAGAAUUCCUUCUCAGGAGACCUCAGUCUGGGAACUGUGGCCUAGCCAAGUGGACUCUGGAAAUCACCCAUUGCACCUGCCGGGAGCUGGUCCUGUGUUAGACCCUGACUGCCAUGCGUUUUGGACAGCUGGUUCCAACUGGUAUUACGACCUUCCUGUGAAGCAGUCAGAGAAGGCCAUGGAUGCCCCACCAGCAUCGCAGAUUCCUGGCCUCAGCGACCUGAGGGAAGCCCCCAGCGGGCACACGCUCGGAAUGCGGAGGUACUGGGUGAAGGAGACAGACUCGGAGUACGUGAAGCUGGCCAAGCAAGGUGGCCGCCCUGGUGAGCAGUGCUUUUGUGUGUGUGUGGGGGGGGGGGUGUAACCUUGUCAUCUGGACAUCCAGAUGCCAUCUGGGAUCUGGACACAUGUUACUAUCAAGUGUAGGAAUUUUGCCCAAAGUCAUAGGACGUCCAGGUUGCCUGAUACAGCCCAGGGUGCAGACUCUUCAGGGACGUGCUGCCGUUUAUGGGAAAGAUCGACUAGACUGUGCAUUCGCCAGAUUGGGAUUUUCUUUGGAUUUCUCCUGAGCAACACCCUGGGGUGACUCCCACGCCAGCCUCACUGUCUAACUGCAGUCGCUGUCUCUGCACUGUAGUCACCCUUCUGGGGGGUAAGAAGGGGUCAGCCCUUCUCCACUUGCCUGUGAAGCAUCUUUGUUUCCUGUUGCUCAGUCUCCUCAUCCCUCAGGUGUAUAUUAGUAUCUUCUGCAUGACAGAUGCUGGGAUGAGCGUCAGUGGUGACGCUGACAAACAUCUGACCUUUAUCCGUGAUUUCACUGUGAAAGUCUCGUUCAGUUGUGCUAACUCAAGUUGUGCUCAGCUUAGGAGUCACGUCUAGAACACCUUCUGCCGGGCCUUUGUGGACAGCGACCCUGAGAAACGCUGACCUUUCUCUCUCUGGCCGCCGUUCCUUAGGCUGGGCUACAUGGCAGAUGGUGGCAUCUGGGCUGUGAUGCUGCAAAGCCCAGAACAGACUGUGUGACUCAUUGCGUGUAAAGCACAGAAGGGGGUCCCCUCCUCACUCUGAGCCACGGGCUAAAAGAACAUCAGUGGGACAGCUGGCAAAACCUGAAUAAGAUCUGUAAUUGGAUAAAAGGAUCACAUCACACUGACUUCCUGAUUUUGAUCACUGCAGUGUGAUUAUGUCAUAACUGUCAAUGGAAAAACCCCACGUGGUUCCCCCAAAGAGCAACAGACAGUGACAAUACUAACGGGAGAGAGGGAGGAAGGAGGAGCAAAUGGGAAACGGAGCAUGGUGUUUGGGGAAUCUGGGUGAAGAGUAUAGGGGAGUUCAUACCACUUGAGGGAACUUUUGUCUACAUUUGAAAUAUUUAAAAAAUGAAAAGUUCGAAAAGUAGAAAAGUUUAAAAUGUCUACUAAUAGUAUUGGCCACUGCCCCCUGAGCAGGCAA